UAUAGAGACUGACAUUAACAGUAAUUAAUAGUGAGUUAUAAAAAGCUCGUCUAACAAACUCAAAACAGCUAUUGUAAAAGAAAACAAUUCUUUAUAAUGACAAGAGCUACCAGCUUGUUGUUGUUCUUGGCUCUGAUCACUUAUUACCAGACCAAUGCUCUUGUUGACCCCGACGUGAAACUCCUGGUGAAAAUAAUGAGUGGUCUAUUCAGUACUAGCAACGAUGCCCGUAAAGAAAAAUAUACAGUGAUAGAAGUCCCAGGUUUAAUGGCUCAAGCUGGUAUAUACUACAGAAGUUACGAUAAAUAUGGUUAUAAAAAAGAUAUUUUUUUCUUGGCUGUGUCCCAAACUAACGGAGUUAUAAGCCUGACAUAUCACAACAUUACAAGAACUUUUUCUGAUAAUGUUGAUUUCCCAUCCAUUGGCUUGAGUGAGUUGACGGAGUUUCCUUGGUGUGUUUCCUCUUUAAGCAAGUCCCAGGUUUCUGGUAAAACGCAGUUCGUUGGGACUAGACCUGCGUGUUCACGAGCGGUCAGUACUCCUCCUUCUGUGAACUACACGGUAGUGUUAACAUGUACAGAUGAAGUAUUAGGACAAGGCACUGAGAUCACUACUCUGACUAAAUCAAGCAGUUAUUUAAUUCCAGAUGCACUCGAGCCUGAUCCAGUCGUAUAUAGCACAACAUGCAGUUAGUUCACCAGGAUGAGAAAUUCUUGCCCUUGAAACAAUAAUUUCCAAUUUAUUUUGUUUCUAGUUUAAAUUCUUUUUUGUUUACUGUAGACAUGCUGAUAUUUAUGUUCCUCCUACAUUGCUAAAUAAUAAUUUAUAUCUUUAUGUUAUAUAAUUUUUGAAUAUUAAAUUUAAUUUGGG